CAGAACUAGAGAAUUUUUAAAAAAUGUCCGCACAUGGGGAAACUGAAAUAACUGAUCCAGUUGAAGAAAUGCUCAAGAAGACCGGCUGUAUGGAAUUACAUUUCAAAGUUCAAGUUUGAAUGCAUUGCCGAAUCGCAGGAUUGGAGGAAGUGUCAGGAUCAAGUCAGUGAUUUUAAAAAGUGUAUGCAGCAAUAUCAGGAAAAGAGACUAAAAGGAGAAGUGUAGUGUUAGCAUUGUAGUUAUGGGGCAGAGAAUAGGGACGUUCUUAGUUAAUAUGUGGUUUUCUAAACCAAUUAAGUCGAUAGGUUUUUGCCAAACUAAGAUGGUUUUUCUUGUUCGGACUGAUUUAGGCAUGGGAAAAGGAAAAAUAGCCUCGCAAGUGGCACACGCUGCUAUAGAACUCUAUAAACAAUCACUAAAAAAUGGUAACCCUUAUUUAAAACCUUGGCUGAACUCGGGACAACCAAAAAUAGUUUUAAAGAUUAGUAACAACUGUGAAAAAGCUUUAGAAGACUUGUACAAUAGUGCCAAGCAACAGAACUUGACAGUUACGAAAAUUCAAGACAGUGGAAAGACCCAAAUUGAAUAUGGCAGUUUAACAGUGGUUGCCGUAGGUCCCGGUAAAGUCAAGGAUAUAGAUAAAAUAACUAGUCAAUAUAAAUUGCUGUAGUUGCUUUUAUUUUACAAGAAUAAACUUUAAUAAAUUUAUUUGUAAGUUGA